AUGGAAACCAAAUGUCGGGUAGAAGAAGAAGAAGAAGAAGAAAAGAUACAGAAAGAAAUCUGCAGUGGCAUCUCGUCUUUGUUGAGCCCUCCAUUAUCAUUACCACCAUGGACUGAGUUGCCAGAUGAUGUCACGAUCAAUAUCCUCCAAAGGCUCGACGUGCAAGAGAUCCUGGAAAAGGCACAGAGAGUGUGCAAGACCUGGUGGAGAGCCUGCAAAGAUCCUUCUAUGUGGAGGGUCAUCCACAUUGAAUCAAUCGUGCUUGCUUUCUUUGAUCCCCAUAAACUUGAAAUGAUGUGCCACGAAGCUGUUGAUCGUAGCCAGGGACAGUUAAUCGACAUUACAAUUGUGGAUUUUGCAACCAAUGACUUGAUCUCCUACAUUUCAAAAAGGUGCAGUCAUCUCAAAUGCUUAUCGCUUGUGCGUGGAGAUUUUUUGAGCCAAACUUUCAUAUAUGCAUUUGAAAAUUUCAAGGAGUUGGAAAAAUUGCAACUUCUACUCAGUCCAAUCUUCCCUGAGGAUAUUGAAUAUAUCGGCAAUUCUUGUCGCCAGUUGAAGUCCUUCACAUACUGUUGUUCAGACAAAAUGGAGAAAUCAUGUGCACUGGAAGUUGCCAAAAGCAUGCCUAAUUUGCACCACCUCUGUCUUAUUGGGGACAUGAUGACUGACCAAGGAUUAGAAGGAAUUCUCGACAGGUGCCUGCAUCUUGAAUCACUCGAUAUCCGAAGAUGCUUCAAUGUUGAUUUACAGGGCAAUCUAGGCAGAGAUCUCUCAGCAGGUGUCGAGGAAGGCAGCUAUAAUGAAGCACAGCGGAAAUCUCCAAAUCUCCGAAAUGAUCCAAGUUUGAGUCCGAGUCCUCCUUUGCCGAAGCUUCAGCCUCAAGAGACAAUUCCGAUUCAAAAAAUCCAAAGCCUCCUCUGCAAAAUCAUAGAAGAUAAGAUGUUUUUUUCCGACGCAAUCGAAUUGGCGAAAAUGGCCGAGAAUUUGUAA